CCAGACCUGCGGAAGGUGUUGCACUGAACUAAACGAUUCCCAUGAUGCUUAGAGAGGGAAGGAGGGCUCAUCCAGAGGAGGCAGGGAUUUCUUUUUAAAACACCACCCUCCACUUCAGCUACACUUUUUCUUAUUCGUGCACUUGUUCCUCCCGAGGCAUCCUCACUGUCUCUCCCUUUUAGUGGAAGUUGCUGAGAGACAUUUCUUCCCUCUGCCUGGAAAUAAACAGAGAGCUGCCUCUUGCUUGCUGCUGCUCCUUCUUCUUCGCCGGUGUCACAAGGAAACCGUGGAAGACACAACGUGGGGAAAAAGUAAGCAGAAGUGUAAAUGAACUAGGUAACCUAUCUGUCUGAGGGCUUGUGAGUCAGCAAAGAGCUUUCAGAAACAAAAAAUAAAGCUCUGGGGAGAGUUUCUCCCAUGGCCUCCCUGCCUGCUUCCUCAGUCCAGGCAUGACAAUCACCCCUAAAAAACACACUGCUCAGCUCAGUUCCUCCUCUUACAACUACACAAGUCCCAGAUCCAGUCCGGUACAGAUGGAUGAGGUCGAAGGCCAGCGGUUGAAGCUCUCCUCUGAGGACUCUGUGUUGCUAGCUUCCUCCUUGGCUGACUCCAUCAACCUAGAAGAUUCCCAUUAUGAUCUACUGCGAGGCGAGCUUGAGUCAGACGCCCAGAACCUGGAGGCGGAGUCGUGGAGCAUGGCUGUGGACCAGAACUACCUGACGGCCCUGAACAAAGAGGCUGUUAAAAGACAGGAGGUCAUCUAUGAGUUGAUCCAGACGGAGAUGCACCAUGUACGCACCUUAAAAAUCCUUUUCCAUGUCUACAUGCACGAGUUGAGGAAGUCUUUGCUGAUAGAGACGGCCAGGCUGGAGUGGCUCUUCUCUAGGGUGGAGGCCCUGCUCGCCCUCCACCAGCACUUCCUCAACUGCCUCAAAGUGCACCAAAACCAAAGUCAGGAGGAAGGAAGCCCAAACAACUACCAGAUCACACAACUGGGGGAUAUUCUCAUCUCUCAGUUUUCAGGAGCACUGGGAGAAGAAAUGAUGUGGUGUUACAGUGUUUUCUGCAGUCAUCACACUGAAGCCAUCAGCUUCUACAGAGAGCAGCUGCAGAACAACAAGAAACUGCAGAUCCUUAUUAGGAAAAUAGGUCAGCUGCCCCUAGUGCGAAGGCUGGGAAUCCCUGAGUGUUUUCUGUUGGUGACUCAACGCAUUACAAAGUAUCCCAUCCUGGUGGAGCGAAUCAUACAGAACACUGAAGCUGACACAGACGAGUACAAGUCUCUGGUACAGGGUUUGGCGCUGAUCAAAGACACCAUCUCCCAGGUAAACAAUCACAUCAGUGAAAAAGAGAACGCUGCUCGUCUGAGAGAGAUCGGCCUGCGUCUGGAGCCAAAGUCUCAGGGCCGGCUGAAGGACGGCCAGCUGUUCCGCAGGGAGGAUCUGAUCCAGGGAGACCGGACGCUGCUGCACGAAGGCACUGUCACCUGGAAGGCCUCCGGGAGAAAAAAAGACAUCCAUGCUGUGCUGCUGUCAGACGUGCUCCUCCUCUUACAAGAGAAAGAUCAGAAGCUUGUGUUUGCUGCUGUGGAUAACAAACCACCAGUGAUCUCCCUUCAAAGUCUGAUAGUUAGGGAAGUGGCUCAUGAGGACAAAGCCAUGUUCCUGAUCUGUGCAUGCACCACCAGCAUGCCAGAGAUGCCGGAGAUGUACGAGAUCCACACGAGCUCCGGAGAGGAACGCAUCAAAUGGAUGGCGCUGAUACGGGAAGCUGUGAACCGCUAUCCACAAGAGGAGCUGUACCGUGAACUGACUGCUAGACUGCAACAAUUUCAAGAUAUGCUAAAGAUGAGGGAUGACCAAAUAAAGCUAAGUCUGACAGAGAAACAGCAGAUCUUUGCUGCUCUCUAUGAAACUGUGACGGAGCAGGAAACCCCCCACAAAGGGCUGCUGCUCCGAGGAGACGCCACUGACCUCCAGCAGGGGGAGACACUGCUCAAAGGUGCCAUCGAUGAGGUGGAAAACCUGCAGAACCUGCUCUUCUCAAGGAUAAGAGACCCAAACCUUCUUAUGGAUGAGAGUCGGAUGCAGGACGGGUUGCUCAGGAGGGCUGAGACCUUUGGCGUGGCCGAUAGUAACCCUGCUGCAAGCGCCAUGAAAAAUGGCGAUGCAGCUGAGAGGCCAGGUGGCAGGGAGGGCAGUCCAGCUUACAGCAGUCACACCACUAGUGACCCUCAGCUCCAGGAAAUGUGCCACUCAGAGAGCCUGGAACAGUAUGCUGACACACAGAGGCCAAACUGCAGUUUAACCUCCAGUCAUUUCCCUGAGGCAGAGGCGUGUGACAGGGUGAUACUGCUUGCACAGAGGCUAUACAGCUUGCAAGCAAUCAUCGCCCAGCAGGACAGCCAGAUUGAGCUGCAGCACGCUUUUCAGUCAAAGAGCAAGCAGCCCGCUCGUCAUUACAGCAGCAUGCUGCUCGAGCAGGAGAAGCAGCGAAACGUGGAGAAGGAGAAGGAAGAACUUACCAACUUGCACAAGCUGCAGGCCCAGUAUCGAGAGGAGCAGCAGCGCUGGGAGAAGGAGAGGGAGCUGCAGAGGAUGCAGGUCGAGACUCUGGAGGCUCAGCUGCAACAGAGGGAGGAGGAGUGUCGAAAGUGGGAGGAGAAGCUCAACGAAGAGAAGGCCGAGCUGGAGGAGCUGAAGGAAAACUAUCAGCAGGACCUGGAGAGGCUGAGGGAAUCUACAAAAUCAGUAGACAAGGACAAGGAGCGUCUAAAUCAGGAGAGGGAGCGUCUGGAGCAGCUGCAGGAGAAAUUAAAGAAGUACUCUCCAAACCCAGGACACUCAAACUAUGAUGAUUCUCCACAAUACCGGAGUCGCUCCACUUACCAGUCGUUCAUGGGAAGCAUGGUGAACGGAGGUGGAAGUCAGACCUUACCUCCAAAGAUCCACAUCUUGCCCACCACCUCAGACGCCAUGGAAAUUCCUCCCAAGGUUCCACCUCGCAAGGAGAGCAUCAGCCCCCAGCCGCCCAAGCCAGAGCUGCCCAUCCAACUGAUCAGCACCACCAACCAGGUGCACAAGCCUGCAGCCGUGCAGCAGCAGAUCCCCACCAAGCUGGCAACUCUGUCCAAGGGAAAGGAGAAAGGCUUCAAGACGAAGCAUUCCCACCAGAGAACGCACAGCGCAGCCAAUAUAGACGUGAACCAGGUGCUGCCCAUCCGAGUGACCGGGAAAGAAGGAGGCAGUCUGAGAGCCAAAAGGAACACCAGUUCUCAAAGCAUCUACAAGUCAGGUGCCUACAACCCUCCAGGAUCCGUCCGCAAUGUGAAAACGUCUCAGUCCUUCAGCACACACAAAAGGAGCAGCAGCGAGGCUCCACCACCGGCGCCGCCUCCUUUUCCCAAGGAUGUUCUUGAAACGAGCAAAGAGAAGGUAAUAUUCCUUUAAUCCUAAACUACAGACUGAAGUUCGGAUGAGGCCUCGUCCAUCAUAAAGACUUACACGGAAAGACUGAUGGAGCUAUUAAAAGACACUGGACUGGACUUCAUAACAUCCAUGUGUGUCCAAUAUGAAGAGGACCGUCACUAUUAUUGAAUGUUAUCAUUGGAAACCAGCUGUUUACAUUCAAAUUAGCUGAACUUGGAAAAAAAGCAAAGAAAUAUUUGUGGUACAAGUUGUUCAAAACAUGUAAAAAGCUCGGCCCAUUUGCACGUUGGGAAAGACAUUUUAAAUGAAGAUGUUGCGAAAGCAAAAGGCUUUGCCAAAGACUUGAGGUUUUUUUUAUCAUUUUUAUUUUAAAUGAAAGUAGGUUGUCUUUAACCAUUUUAGCACUCAUGUCCUAACUCUUAAGCUUUCUUUUUAAUUUAAGAAAUGAUAAACACGGUGUGAGGAAGUUUUAUUUCAGAAUGAAUCAGAUAACCUUUAAAUUUGUACUGUGUAAAUACUUUCAGCUGUUUUGUGCACUUCCUGACACAAAAUCAGCAGGGUUGUUUCAGACCGACAGCUGCUGGAUGCAUUUAUGAGAAUGUAACAGAAUGAGUGUCAUUUACUGUUAUAAUAAUGUUCUGACAUAAUUUAACAUUUGACAUUAUGUUGACGAUUUUCUCUGGUAAAGACAGAUUGACCACUGUCACCUUUUGGUUCCAUGUAAAAUUUCUUCCAAAUCCCAACUAAUGAGUCAUGGAAUAAAAAGUUGGUUGACUUGA